AUGGGCUCCCGCACGCCUCGGGCUUCGUCGGCCAGCCUGCUCACUCGGGUCCUGAGCUCUCGAGCCUACUUCGCCUGCACGGUGCUGGUGUGCUUCCUCAUCGCCUUCCUCGACACAGUCCUGGAGGCCAGCCAUGAGCCCUUCCCGUCCAGGCCGCUCGUGUGGGGCGUGGGCGGCGCGGCGUGCGCGGCGCUCCUCCUGGACACCGCUGCAGGCGCCGUGGCAGGGUUCGUCUACGGCGUCGAGGAGCUGCGCUCCCCCAUCUCGUACGUCAUCGACGGCAUCCCGAUCAUCUCGCUGCUCGUGUGGCCGGCGUUGCACGGCCGCGUCUACAACGCGGUGGGCAAGGAUUCCGCGCUCACAGCCGAUGAGUUCGAUGGCUACCUGCGCGACGUGUCGCGGGCGCGCAUCGUGAUCGCCACCCUGGUCCUGCCGCUGGCUUUCCUCAAGGUCGUCACGGGGUCCUGGCGGCUGCAUGCUCUGAGGCACAGCCGGAGCCGGCGCGCCUCGAGCUCCUGGGCUCCCCACAGCGGACACAACCGAGUGACGCGCGGCAUGUCGCAGUGGCUCAUGGUCAUGACGGCCGUGAGCUGCGCCGGCAUCCUGUUGUGCUCCGCGAUGAUGGAGAGCAUCCCGCGGAGGUACUCCGCCGAGGGAGACUUCCUCGCGGUCAGCCCCAACCUGUUCGAGGGCGCCAAGAGCCAGCCAUUCCGGCUCCAGGUGCUGCUAGACACACUCGACACGUCCGAGGCCGUCGGCGCGCCGGGCCGGCACGUCACGCACGUGUUCAUCGACGGCGAGGUCGUGAAGACGCUGCCCGACGCGCCGCCGGGCGACCCGCUCGCCGACGGGUACGAGCCCGGCGUGUGGCUGCGCAGCGACGAGUCGACGUCCUUCAUGCGGUGCGACUUCCGCGGCUUCUUCAUGGAGGACCUCGCCGCGCAGACUCGUCGCAAGUACAUCCCGCUCGCGGCCUGCGUCGUGGUCCUCUUCACGACGUUCUACCUCGCGGGGUGGCUCAUGGUGCUGCCCCUGCAGCAGCUCCUGGCGUCGCUCGUGCGGUUCUCCGCGAGCCUGGACGCGCGCGGUGUGUUCGUCGAGGGCCGCGACGCGCGCGGCAUGGACCUCUCGAUCGAGGAGGCCGUCGACCGCGUCGAGGAGUUUAUGCGCAUCAUGCAGAAGGCGUACGCGGGCGGGCGCGUGGUGCUGCAGCGGCUCAUGCACCAGGCCGCGGGCGGCGAGGGUGGCGCGGAGGCGGCCGUCGAGUGGGCCGACAUGUACCGCACGCGCCGGCCGGACCGCGGCGCGGUGAUGGAGCGGCGGGCGUUUGGCACGUCGCAGGGGUCGCAGGGGACCAACAAGCUGACCGCGGCGAUCCACGACCGCGUCAGCCAGGCGAGCAGCCACGACAACGUCAAAGCGCCGCGGUCGAAGGCGCUGUCGAACCCCGGGCGGAACCCGUCGCGCUUCAUGUCGAUGACGGAGCUGGGGGACAGCGCCAAGGACUCGGACCGCUUCAUCGUGGUCAAGGACGACGUGACGCGCUGGGAGUGGUCGGCCGUGACGGAGGAGCGCGACACGCUCGGCGCGAUCGUGAUGGGCAUGUUUGUGCGCCUGGACCUGGUCACCGAGGCCGAGUUCGCCGAGGGCGGCCGGCUCCCGCGCCGCCGCCUGCAAGCGCUGCUGCCGCUGAUCGAGGCGUCGUACAGCGACCACCCGUACCACAACUGGCCGCACGCUGUGGACGUGACGCACGGCAUGUUCAUCCUGCUGUCCAACGCGCGCGAGGUGCGCGGGCGGCUGGGGACGUGGGACCGCGCGGCGCUGAUGCUGGCGGCGCUGGCGCACGACAUGGGCCACCGGGGGACGAACAACGCGUUCCUGGUGGCGACGCGGGACCCGCUGGCGAUCCGGUACAACGACAUGGCGGUGCAGGAGAACAUGCACGCGGCGCGGCUGUUUGAGGUCAUGACGGACCACCCCGAGGCGGACGUGCUGGCGGGGCUGGACGAGGCCGCGUGGGGGACGGUGCGGACGGCGAUCGUGACGUCGGUGAUGGGGACGGACAUGGCGUUGCACUUCGACCUGGUGGCGAAGCUGGAGACGAUGGCGGAGGCGGAGACCUGGGUCGAUUCGAACGUCUCGCCCAGCGCGGACAACGUGAGGCAGACGCGCCUGAGCCCGUCCGAGCACAAGCUGAUGAUCCAGACCCUGCUGCACCUGGCCGACCUCUUCAUGAUGUUCCGCGAGGGCCAGGUGGUCAUGGACUGGACGGACCGCGUGAUGCGCGAGUUCUUCGAGCAGGGCGAGAUGGAGAAGGCGCUGGGGAUGCAGCCGCAGGCGCUGAUGGUGGAGGAGCUGACGUACGUGCCGGGGGCGCAGGCGGAGUUUUACGAGAUCAUCAUGCGGCCGUUUGUGUCGGCGGUGGCGGCCCGGAUGCCGUCGGUGGGCGACCAGCUGCGGCGGCGCCUGGCGCGCAACUUCGGCAUGUGGAUGGCCGUCGUCGACCAUGACAAGGGCGCAACUUCCGCCCCGGCGCGGGUUCUCGCCCACGUCCCUUCCGACAGCACCGGUCGCUUGAUCGAGUUCCCGGAAGCCCCGGAGUGGACGGGCGGCGGCGCGCCCAUCGCCAAGGUCGACAAGUACCUGGGCAUGGACACCACCGAGCGGUUCAAGCGAUUCGCAACCGGCCUCGGCCUCGACCCGUACGGCUCCUGGCUGCACAACGCGGAGCUGGUCGCCUCGCCGUCGGGCAAGGCCCCCGCCUACCUGGAGAAGUUGACGCGAGGCGCGUCGGCCCGCGCGACGUGGGCCCGCGCGCGCCUCGCUUGGGCCGUCGACCGCGCCGCGCGGGCGCUCUUCCCGGCCCUGUCGUCGCCGUUUUGGUUCGCCGGCAUCGCCGUCGGCUGCCUGCUGAUUGCGUACCUAGACCUUGUGCUCGAGGAAGCCUACGAGCCGUUCCCGCCCGUCGGCGUCGUCUGGGGUGUGGCGAUGGGCGCCGCAGCCUUCAUCCUCAUCGACGCGGCGCUGCACCUCCUCGUCGCGUGGUGGCUGCACAUGCCGGACUUGCUGGCCCCUACGCCCUACGUGCUCGACGCCGUGGCCUUCCUCGCAAUGUUCGUGUGGCCCGCGCUGCACAGCCUCGUCUACAACUCCGUGUCCGCGCACCACGCGGUGGUCGGCCGCGAGGAGACGCCGGGCUACAUUGACGACGUGACCACGACGCGCAAGGUCGUAUCCUUCCUGGUCCUGCCGCUCGUGUUCUUGAAGAUCGUGGCCGCGGCGUGGCGGCAGAGGUCGAUGUCGUACCACAGCAUGGACGUCGCCGGCGGCGGAGGGUACAAGCAGGGCACAGGCCACCGGUGGACGCAGUGGCUCAUGUGCCUCACUGCUCUCAGCGUGUGCGCCGUGCUCGUGGUCGAGACCCUGGUCGCCAUCCUCCCGGACUCGUUCAACGGAGUUGCUUUCGCAAUGUGGCGCUACGUGGGCAUCCUCGCCGCCAACAACAAGCUCAGCCCCAAUGGCCCUGUUGAUGGCAGCCCCCUGCAAGCCGUGACAACCUCGGCUGGGUCCAACACCGGGCCCACGACAAACCUCAGUCCCAGCAACGCCAUCACCCACGUCCUCGUGCGACUGGGCGGCCAGCCCGACGCGGCGUUCGUCACGGCGCUCCAGGACGAUGAUUUCGACGCCAUCACGGACCCGUUCGCCCACAGCCACCUGCCGCCCGCGGUGUGGGUCACCGACCCCGAGUACACCGUGCUGCUGCGCUAUGACUACCGCAUGCUGCUGCUCAACACCGGCAAGGAGGACGCCCUCCGCAAGCUGCUCCCGCUCCUCAUCUGCAUCGUCCUCCUGGUGUGCAACUUCUACAUCAUGUCGGCGCUCAUGGUGACGCCGCUCCAAGACCUCCUGUCGAAGAUCGUCGAGUCCGCGGCCUUGCUCGACCACCGUGGGGUGCUCGUCGGGCACGAGGGACGCAACGACCGCCUCACGGGGUUCGCGGCCCUGACGCGCAUCGUCGACUUUUUGCAAAUCAUGCACAAGGCCAACGAGGGCGGGCGCACCGUCAUGAAGCGCCUGAUGGCCGGCGCCACCGAGGUCGACGGCGCCAGCGGCAUGCGCGCGUGGGCGCGCAUGUACGGGCCGAGGAUGGGCUCAGACGAGGGCGGGGCGGGGGAGUCGAGCAGGGUGCUAGCCUCCUCGACCCGCACGACCGCGUCAGGCGCGGAGGACGCGGCAACGUCGUCACGCGUGACGCAGGGCGCGCACAACAAGUCGGAUUCGGGCGCCGAGGACGGCUGGGCGAGCGAGCCGCAGGCUGUGCAAGCAUGGAGCUGGUCGUCGCUGCUGGUGGACCGGGAGCAGCUCCAGGACAUGGUGAUGGCUAUGUUCGAGCAGCUGAAGCUGGUGACGGACGAGGACACCGGCAGCGGCGGGCGCCUGCCGAAGGAGCGCCUGCGCGCGCUGCUGCCGCUGAUCGAGGCGUCUUACAGCGACCACCCGUACCACAACUGGCCGCACGCUGUGGACGUGACGCACGGCAUGUUCAUCCUGCUGUCCAACGCGCGCGAGGUGCGCGGGCGGCUGGGGACGUGGGACCGCGCGGCGCUGAUGCUGGCGGCGCUGGCGCACGACAUGGGCCACCGGGGGACGAACAACGCGUUCCUGGUGGCGACGCGGGACCCGCUGGCGAUCCGGUACAACGACAUGGCGGUGCAGGAGAACAUGCACGCGGCGCGGCUGUUUGAGGUCAUGACGGACCACCCCGAGGCGGACGUGCUGGCGGGGCUGGACGAGGCCGCGUGGGGGACGGUGCGGACGGCGAUCGUGACGUCGGUGAUGGGGACGGACAUGGCGGUGCACUUCGACCUGGUGGCCAACCUGGAGACGAUGGCUGAGACCCGGAGCUGGGUCAACGACGUGUCGAGCACCUCCGGGCCCGGCGCCACCUGCAAGGACCGGGCGCUGAUGCUGCAGGCUCUGCUGCACCUGGCCGACCUCUUCAUGAUGUUCCGCGAGGGCCAGGUGGUCAUGGACUGGACGGACCGCGUGAUGCGCGAGUUCUUCGAGCAGGGCGAGAUGGAGAAGGCGCUGGGGAUGCAGCCGCAGGCGCUGAUGGUGGAGGAGCUGACGUACGUGCCGGGGGCGCAGGCGGAGUUUUACGAGAUCAUCAUGCGGCCGUUUGUGUCGGCGGUGGCGGCCCGGAUGCCGUCGGUGGGCGACCAGCUGCGGCGGCGCCUGGCGCGCAACUUCGGCAUGUGGAUGGCCGUCGUCGAGCACGACAAGGUCGUUGCGGAAACGUCCUCCGACGGCAUCACGUCCUCAUCGAACCGCCUGGCCAGGCCCUCGCUGUCCCCCACGACGGUCCACAUCGACUUUGCGGUGCGGCACGACGACCUGCCCAAGUUCCGCGGAGGCGGGGCUCCGAUCAUCAAGGUGCCCAAGCACCUCAACAUGCGCCCGCUCGACCGCAUGAAAGCGUUUAUGGAAGCCCUGGCACUCCCCCUCUCCGACCUGCCAAAGUGGUUCGAAAUUUCCUUGACUCAGCCCAGGGUGAGGCCCUCUACGUUGUCUCAGGUUUGA